CUCUCACAAUGUCCUCCGUGCUCAGGCUGGCGAUGAGAGCUAAAGGUUUCAGUCGAUUUCUAGCAGAAACCCAGGCGUUUCCCGUGAAAAAUCGACAUUUUAUGACGUCAAGUGUGCGGAAAACUGGCGAUUUUGAAUAUGAGGAUCCAAAAAGUGAAGACGAGGUGGUGAAUAUCACCUACGUGUUACGGGACGGCACGGAACGAAAAAUUCGCGGAAAAGUCGGGGAUAAUGUGAUGUUUUUGGCGCACAGAUAUGACAUUGAAAUGGAGGGAGCUUGCGAGGCAUCACUUGCCUGCUCGACGUGCCACGUCUACGUCGAUCCAGCCUUCCAGAACAAGCUCCCGGAGCCGCUAGAAGAGGAAGACGAUAUGCUGGAUAUGGCUCCGGCGCUCAAGGACAACUCACGGCUCGGCUGUCAAAUUGUGCUCACGAAAGAGCUCGACGGAAUCACUGUAACCCUGCCGACAAUGACACGCAACUUCUAUGUGGACGGGCAUGUGCCGAAACCUCAUUAAUUUCAAUUUUAUUCUUGUGAUAUUCAUCAUUUUCUAUUCAAUUUCCUGAAAAUUUCGAGUCUUAAAACGAGAUUCGGGUUGUAUUUUUUCCUUGUUGCUCAAAAUGUUUAGAGUUUAUAUUAUUAAAAAUCGCGCUCGC